AUGUUGUACCGAUUUGCUCAUCAACGGACUGCAUGCCGAUCAUGCGUCCGUACUUUUCUCGUGAUGUUUUUAUUUCUACUCCACUUAACUGGAGGCACUGCGGAAGAAGAAAUAGAAACAAUUUAUUUACAGGAGGGACAGGAACAGAAUAGCGGCACUGAUGAGUCCUCAUCCACAAGAGGUGUAGAGUUGCUUGCAAUUAGUGGCUGUAAACGACCUUCACGGCCUGGGCGGAGUAGAGAAACAUAUCAUUGCUUCGCUGGUCGUAAGAAUAAAGGACCUGUGCAACUCUUUAUUCGUGGACGGGGAUUUCCAAUAGAUACUCCACUGCGUAUUCGAUUACAAGAACACACACCACUUCCACUUCGUGAGGAUGAGAAAAGUAAUGCCGAUCUUAUUACAAUGGAAUGCCUUGAUGUGAAAGCAUCGGAGGUGUUUCCUCAUCAAAUUCUUUCCUGUAUACUUCCUCACCCAUCAGUGAGUCUACGAGGAAAAUCACAGUGGUUAAAACGACUUUCACAUAAUAUAGUAUGGAUGGAUCUUGAAUUGAUUGUAGAUACAAGUAUUUCAGAUUCUGAGGUUAAUGACACUUCAAUAACCAUAGGUAUUCUUCAUCAUUCUGUUCAGUUGGAUCUUACACUUAGAUCAGGAAACUCCAUAGAUGGUAAUUUGAAUAAUGAGAAUAUUCUUGCUAAUGAGGAUAAAGAAAUGUCUGAUGAUGAUCCACUAGAACUUUUUUUACAGAAAAGUCAUCGUAAAUCUUCUAAUGGAGAAGAAUGGCUCUCACUUGGUAUAGGUGGAUUAAAAAAUCAAUUAGAAUUACUAUACCGUCGUGUUUUUCUUAGCCGUAUUUCUUCUCUUCAAGAUGUUGUUGGUUCUGUUCAGUUACCACAUGUGCGAGGAGUUAUGUUGCAUGGUCCACCUGGAAAUGGAAAAACUUUAAUUGCUCGAGCAAUCGCAAAGUUACUUGGUAAGAAUACAAAGGUAACAAUUGUAAAUGCUGCUGAUAUUCUCUCAAAGUAUGUUGGAGAUUCGGAAAAGAAUUUGCGUGAUCUCAUCCUUGGAGACGAUGAUGAUGAUGAAGAUGAUGAUGGUAGUAAUGAUUAUAAUGAUGGUGGUUAUAGUUAUGGUGAUGAUAAUGAUAAUGGUGUUAACGAUGACAAUGUGAAUGAAAACAGGGAUGACUUCAAUACUGAAGUUCAAGAAGAUAACGAUAUAGGAAAUGAGAAAAAGGAAGGACGAUUACAUACCAUUAUUAUUGAUGAAAUUGAAUCUCUUUUUAGACGGCGAGGUGAAUCAGGUGAUGGAAGUUCGGCGAAAGCUGUAUAUGAUGGUUUAACCAAUCAACUUCUUACACUUAUGGAUGGUGUUGAUAGGGUACCUAAUAUACUUAUUGUUGGUUUAACCAAUCAACUUCACAGCAUUGAUCGUGCUCUCCUUAGACCUGGAAGGUUUGAAGUAGUUAUUGAAAUUCCUCUUCCUGAUCUUGAGGGUCGUACAGAAAUGCUUUUUAUCCACACACAAAAGUUACGAGAGGAGCAACACCUUGCACCGGAUGUAAAUUUAGAUAACUUAGCAGCACGUACAGGAGGUUUUUCUGGUGCUGAUAUUGCUGGAACAGUUCGAGCCGCUGUCAGUUAUGCUUUAAUGAGAUACCGUGAUAUGAUGGAAGAUGAUACUUCUGUAGGAAAUAAUAAUCUAGGUAAGGAAGGUGAUUUGCGUACUGAAACUUCUCCAAAACAAUUUCAAGUUACGAGUGAUGAUUUUAAUCUCGCCAUACGGGAUAUGUUGGAUUCCAUGCAACAAAUUUUAUUAGGAAAACAAUAUAAUGGUGCAGAUAAGGAUGAUUCCACUACACCACUUAUUGACUUUGAUGGAUCUAUUACUCAAGGCAUAAAUACUACACGUCGUGUAUUGCAGAGUAUUCAACGUAGUCAAGCAGAACAUGCGGCCGUAGUGAUUGUUUACGGACCUUCUGGAACUGGAAAAACUUUUCUUUCACAACAAUUAGUGAAACUUUUGCCCUUUGAUAUUGUUAAGUUUAUAGUGAGUGGUAAACUUUACGGAAGUAUGAGAGGAGAUAAUAUUAUAGAUGAGGUUAUCAUUGGCCUUCGUGAAGCCGUUAACUCUAAAGGAAAUUAUAGUCUUGUCAUUGAAAAUGUGGAACGAAUCCUUAAUGAGGGUGGAUCAACAACAUGGGAUGUUUUAAAAACAACUAUUCGAGAUUUUAAAGAAUCUGCUUAUACCCCUUCUUUACUUUAUGAAGGAGAAACAAAGAAACUUCAUGGGAAACGACUUUUGAUUGUAACAACAUCAGAGAAAGAGACUUUGCAUAGUUUAAUGCACUCUAUCGAAUAUGAUGUGCAAUUAACACUUCACUUUAUUCAACGAAAAGAUCUUCUGGAAUUAUUACAAAAUUAUGGUAUUCUCCCUUUAAAUGCAGAGAUGGCAAAUGAAGUGGUUAAUUCUUAUCCACCAAUGCUGAGCUAUCGUCAAUUUCUACGUAUAACGGAUCUUGCCUUGUGGAGGGCACAUGACGCCGAAGUAAAGGUAAAAACAGCUCUUGAUGCUAGUGAUCAUCAUCAUCAUCAUCAUCAGACUACUUCUGUGUACUCCUCUUUAAAUGCUUUCUUUCAUAAAGGUGGGAAAUUGCAAAAAGGAGCAAGUAAAAAUGCUGUACCCUCUCUCGAUACCAAGGAACGUCAAAAGCAAUUUAGUAUGGCGGUUCGAGAUGUCGUGACAUUGAUGGGCUUGUCAGACGUCUUUGAUGAUCUUCCAACAGAGAAUGAUGUUGUUGAAGGUGAUGAGGUUUAUUGGUAG